ACUUAUAGUCAACCAUACAACUGACUCAGAAUCGACUUGGUGGCUGACUUUUUUUCCACAAGAAAUUUUGUGUAAAUUUACGAUUGGAAAUCGCCCAAAUCGCUUUGCAAAUAAAACCUCACUGUGCAGUUCAGUGUGCGCGUGUGAAUACAACAUAUUGCAAUAACUAUUAUAUAUAUUAAACGGAAAGUGCAACGUGUGCAAUUGGAAGCCGCAAAAACGUAUCACGCCCCAGUCCCGUAGGCACAACAAUAGGUGGAGAGAGUGCGCAAGCGAGAGUGAGCGAGAGAGGAGAGGAGGUCAGCAAACCCGCAAUUAAGAAAAAAAAAAGUCGACACGUAGAGACAACAGUCAAAAGAAACUUAAUAGUAAACAAUCAUGUCAUCCGGCGACUUUGGCAAUCCGCUGCGCAAAUUCAAAUUGGUGUUUCUCGGCGAGCAGAGCGUCGGCAAGACAUCGCUGAUUACACGCUUCAUGUACGACAGCUUCGACAACACCUAUCAGGCGACAAUUGGUAUUGAUUUUCUAUCCAAAACCAUGUACCUCGAGGAUCGCACAGUGCGUCUUCAACUCUGGGAUACGGCGGGUCAAGAACGUUUCCGUUCGCUGAUACCAUCGUACAUUCGCGACUCCACUGUGGCUGUGGUUGUGUACGAUAUAACGAACACAAACUCAUUCCAUCAGACAUCCAAGUGGAUCGAUGAUGUGCGCACCGAGCGUGGCAGUGAUGUCAUAAUCAUGCUGGUGGGCAAUAAGACGGAUCUCUCGGAUAAGAGACAAGUGUCCACCGAAGAGGGCGAACGCAAGGCGAAAGAGCUAAAUGUGAUGUUUAUCGAGACGAGCGCCAAGGCCGGCUACAAUGUGAAGCAGCUGUUCAGACGGGUCGCCGCGGCGUUGCCAGGCAUGGAUUCCACGGAGAAUAAACCUUCGGAGGAUAUGCAAGAGGUUGUGCUUAAGGAUUCGCCCAAUGAGACGAAGGAUCCCGAAGGAGGCUGCGCCUGCUAGAAUUGGGCAAACGACACCCUUUCCUCGCCUCCCCACAUCCUUCAACACAACCUCCGCUGCAACCUCGACGACGACUUCAACAACAACCUUCAGACAUUGACACACGCUGGCGACGAGUGUAAACCAGGUGUAUGUGGAACUUGCAAGCUAAAUACGAAAUAAAUACAAGACACAGGCACACACACAUACACACAACAAUUUUAUGUUUAAGUUUAUUUAUAUAUAUAAAAACAAAAACAAAAAAGUAUAAAACGAAAUGAUAGCAAAACAUAAAUAGACUAAACAACUAAUUUAACGCAAUCGGCUAAAAAUAUGUACGUUAAAUCAAGUAUGCGCCUAAUCCUAGAUCCUAAUCCUAAAUCCCAAGCUAAGUUUAGUUCACAUAGCUCUUAAACCUGGCAGCUUAACGUUUCGAUUAUUGUUCUCUUGAUGUAUGUCAAAUUUAAGAAAGUUAUGACUAAACAAGAAAUAAGAUAUCAUGGCACCCAAAUCUGGAGCGUGUGAGCUAAGCUUAAAACUUGAACUCUCUUACAAUUUGUACUUACGACAAAAAAACAAAAACAAAGCAAAAGAAAAACAUUUGAACACAUAACAACAGCAAGAACUAGAUGAACAUUCCAAAUGAUAAGCUGGUUGGCUUCUUCCAAAUGGAGAAGAGGUUAAAAAUAAAGAUACAGAUUCGAAAAUACAGAUACCACAGCACCAGCUUGUGUUCAAGCCCAGAGAGUCCUUACUCCCUCCAUCCCCAAUUAAACCUAUUAAAAUAGUAGAUCAGAUAGAUAAUUGUAUAAUUAUCAUCAACCACGUUAUCAAUUCAAGAAGCGAUUCUGCGAUUUCGUUUUUGCCCAUUUUUUGUGACUCGUAUUUAUUUUGAAGCCCCGUUUUGUUUGCGGCUUUUUUUUUAUUUUGUUUUUGAGUAUUCAGCAGUUGGUUGGCGCAGAACUUGGCAUCUUAUGAGUAAUAAAUAAAUAAAUAAAUAUUUAUAUAUAUAUCUAAAUAUAUAUAUAUAU